AUGAAAGUACUCACUACAGCUUCCCUCCUCUUUUUUUUGUUUCCUUUUCCAGGGCCUCGCGUCCCACUCGUCUCCUCAUGGCUAGGCAGCAGCAGCAGCAGCAGUGUAACCUCGCGCGUUCCUCAAUUCGUUCUUGACACGGGUCAUCCAUGGCUCACCACCCAUGCCCACGAACUUUCCAGUCUUCCGGACGUGACAACGUUCAUUUAUACGCUCUCGGCCGACGAUAACUAUUAUCAGGAUGGCGUUGCUGACGGAGAUGAGAGCGCGAAUGUGCGCGAGGGCCUCGAGGUACCAGCGGAUCUGUUCCACCAGCUCGAGAUCAACAAUCACCGCGCCGGCGUGAGCCGCUACGGCUGGAAGAAUGUUCGCAAUAAACUCGAGGAGAUAAAGGCGUGCCCGAGGGCACUUGCCGAAGUUGGUGACUUAACGGUCGAAUUGAGGUGGCAGACCCUGAGCGAUACCUGGGACCACGCCGGCGCGAGAUCGACGCCUCUCCCAAAGCCCGUACCGGCGCUGUUCUCCGAGGUGAUGGGGAAGAUGAAGAACUUGAGUACGAUCGAUUGGUUGAUACGGGGAGCCGACGAGAAUACUGCCAUCGGAAAGUUCUUUAUCGAGGACGGGACGCGGUUGCCUGGUGUGAAGCACUUGGUAACGAGCAUGAAUGCGCCGUGGCUCGUUGACGCUUGCCCUUCACUGACCUCACUUGAAGCGACACGCGAUGGAUUUGUCUGGGGAGAAGAGGGCUCAAGACUAAUCAAAAACUCCAUAGUCAUCGUUCAAUAUGCACCUCACACUGAGGAGCUCCAUAUAGGUGUUCCAAUGCGGCUUAUCAGAAUCGGUAGAUUCCCGGGGGACGAACUGUGGGACCUUGCAGAAUCACUGUCUCUUCUUUCCAAUCUCACACGGCUUUACCUCCCGCGGGCCGCGAAACUAGACCUCGGCUCUCCAGGGGGGCCGGAGUGCGAUAACGCGCACAUGAGCGAAAGAGGAGCCGAAUAUUGGCGCAGUGACAUGGUUUGCGAUCUUGCGGCCACGGAAUUGGCUGGGAAGAUUGUAAGGAAGAAGUUUCCGAGGUUGAAGGGGGUCCAUGUUGGCGCUUUUCAUGGGAACUUCACGACGGGUGCUGGAGGAGAGGAAGUCAUUAUCUGGGAUUGGACUGGGAGAGUGGAGCAAUGGUUGGACGAGAAGCUGAUGGCUUUUGGUUCUGCCGAUGAGCUUUGAGCUAGACUAUGCAGCGGCCAUCGCGCUCCAGCCAAAAAAGAAACUUGCAACUGGAGGUGUAGAUAGCUGUUUCUCUCCUCUCGAACCCGAACCUGACAAGUUGGAAUCCACCGCGUCGUCGCUCUACGGCGAACUCUCAACUUCCUCCUCAAUUUUCAUCUCGCUCGGAUCGUUCAGUGUGAAGCAUACCAUUCCAUCCCACGAGAAAGCACCUUUCACCACCAUCACCAGGACCUUUCCUGUCCCAUCCGACCAAAGCAAG